UCAGUAUAAAAAAAAAUAAAACUGGCCACAGACCCUCUGGCCUCAGCCUGGAACGCGCAUGCGCAGAGCAGAGGAAACUACUGCCCUGCCAGCUCAGCUGACAACCGAAGAGGAUGAUGGCAGACUCUGCAAGUGGCGAAGAAGUAGCUGUGAUCUGUAACACCGAUAUCACUUCAGCGGAAUCCGAAAACAACAUCAUAAACACGAUGGUGGAGAGAGGGACAGCUCUGUUGAGGAAAAUGGAGAUAAAUGUGGCGGAGGCGGAGAAGAGAACAGGGAAGAACACCGUUAACAUGCAGGAAACCUAUACUCGUUAUUUGUCUGUCUGCAGGCCAGCUGAAUCUGUCCCAGAGGGGGGUACGCCUGCCACGCCCGACACUUUGUGGAGACGCUACAGCGAGUUUGAGCUGCUCAGGAUGUACCUCCUGGUCACCUACCCUUACAUCAUCAUCCCUCCACUACCAGAGAAAAGGGCGGAGUUUGUGUGGCACAAGCUGUCAGCAGAUAACCUCGACCCAGACUUUGUUGAGCGACGGAGAGUCGGCCUGGAAAACUUCUUGCUGCGCGUUGCAUCACAUCCAGUCCUUUCCAACGACAAAAUCUUCUUCCUCUUUCUGACGGAGGAGAAGGGAUGGAGGGAAGAGGUUUUGGACACAGGCUUCCAAGACAAGGUGGACUCCAGACUAAAGUCUCUGAGUGCCAUGUUCAGAGUCAAGAACCCUGACAAGCGAUUCACAGCACUGAAACAGUACAGUGAUGAACUGAACACUGUCAUCUCUCAGUUACUCAGGGUGCGGGCGAGAGUAGCAGACAGGCUGUAUGGUGUUUACAAGGUCCACGGUAACUACGGCAGAGUUUUUAGUGAGUGGAGCGCUAUAGAAAAAGAGAUGGGAGAUGGCCUACAGAGUGCUGGCCACCACAUGGACACGUAUGCUGCAUCAAUAGAUGACAUUCUUGAGGAGGAGGAGCACUAUGCUGACCAGCUGAAAGAAUACCUGUUCUACACUGAGGCUGUCAGGUCAGUAUGCAGGAAACACGAGUUGAUCCAGUAUGAGUUGGAGAUGGCAGUUCAGGACCUCGCCCAUAAGAAGCAACAGAAAGAAGAGCUGGCUACUGGGACAGUGCGCGUCUUUUCACUGAAGGGGAUGACCAGUAAACUGUUCGGCCAAGAGAGUCAGGAGCAGAGGGAGAGUCGGUUGGCAGCCUUGGAUCAGAGUAUCCAGGAGGGAGAGGAAACGGUCAUGGAGAAGAACACAGAGUGCAAAGAGUUUGUGCAAACAGCCUGGGAAGACAUUGAACGUUUUAAGGAGCAGAAGGACAAAGAUUUGCGUGAAGCACUAAUCAGCUACGCCAUUAUGCAGAUCAGCAUGUGUAAGAAGGGAAUCCAGGUGUGGUCCAAUGCUAAGGAGUGUUUCAACAAAAUGUGAGCCACUUUCCAGCCAAUCGUUCUCUUGCACCAAAGCAAUAGUGUAUCAAAUUGUUCAGAGUGAGACCAUCAGCCAAUCAUUCAACUGCAGUUUCACAGAGAUGGCCAAGGAAGCCCAAAUACUGCCUUCAAAUUGUUUGUUACGCUGAAUUUAAGAAUGAGUCUGUCUCCUUUUCUCUCUCGGUCUCUCACACACAUUUAUUUAAAAAAGUAAUUCAUUAGAUCCAUGCCUUUUUAAAUCAAAGUGUCUUAACCGUACUUUUUUCUUGGCACUCUGCUGAAGUGACUUUCAUACUGCAGAUGAUCCAUGUUUUCAAUACUUUUUCCUGAAUUGGUUGCACAGCUGACAGCAUGUCCAAGAGGAAAAUCCUGAAUUAAUAAUGCAUGAUAGUUGCGCGGUGGGAAGAGCUGUGCAGUGUAUUUGAGUCGUUGUGCUUUUCUUGACUCAUCUGUCACCUUGAAAAUAGCAAAAUUUAGUCAUGAGAAGCUGCGCAUUUCAAUCAGUGGUUCUUUUGACUAUUUUUUGAGUUACUUGCCUCAGAGGAAUUGAAACAAACAGUGUUUUGUGCUUUUCCAUGUGUUGUUUUUGAGAGUCUACUUACAUAUAGGGAUAUCACUUAAAACACAGUUCUCUGAUGAUAAAGAGGCAAUGAAUGGAGGGAAAAAAACUACACUUGUCACAAAUAGCACCAGUGACCACCUUGUUUGGUCUUAUUUGACACUUCUAAACACAAUUAAUUGGCACUCUGCAAGUCUGCAAAAUUUCAAUUGUCUCAAUGCAAGAGCAUCCUGGCCUUCCAAUUGUGCAUUGUAAUCAAAGGAGAAAAACUAGGGAAUUUGGGAAUUCAAUCAAUUAACUGAAUUAGCUGAAAUUCUUGUUGUGAUCAAUCAGAAAGGAAUCAGACUGUAGGGCAAAGGGAACAUGAACCACACUUUAGGAUACCACUACAUAUUCACCUUUCCUUUUCUACUUUUUCAUAUAUUUCAUACACUUCAUGCUGAAGUCAGUCUUUAUGCUGUUAUUGAUCAGCCGACCAAAGUGCUUACGACCAAGUACUUGUAUUGUACAGAUCACGUGGGUAGCACCAGUGAGGGGUUGACGAGGUCGGGGUAGUUUUCUCAAUUGAUAUAGAUUUUUUCAUUUGUGCCAUGAGUAAGAUACAGUUGUUGUUACAGUAGAGCCUUUUUAAUUCUUGAACUCUUCAAUAGAAGCUCUUUGGAGGACUGAAACAUGGCACCCCCACAAGCUACCUGAUCUACCAAGUGCAAACACAAGUGUUUUUAAAGGAAACACAUGCAGAUCAACAGGCUACAUGGCCUUAGUACAAAUAUUUGUUUAGUAGAACAGGGGAGGGACAACAAACUUGUUUGACCCUCUCUGCCCACAUUCAAUGUGCCUCACCACUUUUCUGAUAUUAAGUCACUGCACUAAAUAAUCGACCAGAGUUCAGAGAAUUCCUCAGGUCAAUGUUUACGGAAAAUACUGACCAAAUAAUGACAACUCUUAAUAACGUGUUUGAUCCUCGAAAUCCUCAUUUCUAUAAGCUUACACAAUGCAUGUUAUACUGUUCCUUCCUUUAUAAUAUCCAUCUGAGUAGAAAAUGUAUAUGGAUAUAUAUAAAAGUUGUGCAGAGAUUAUUUUCCAUCAGCAUAUGCUACAUUUUCAGAAUAAACACAAUCAGUUUACUGGAAUAAUCCCAAAUUGAGGCUUUAUGUAUAUUUUUUUUAUAAUAAAUGUGUUAAAUGAGAAAUUGUUUUUAUGUUUAUGUAAUCAUUCUGCUAUGACACUAAUAAACACAUUUCUUUUUUUAAA